CGCCGUUUCCGGGACUAAACUCAAAAAAAAAAAGCCCGCCCGGGCCCGGUCCAUCCCUAUUCAUAACUAGUUUUAUUAUUUCGGUCUGAGUUGCAAACUUUAAUGGUUGGUAUGUGAGGUUUUGGUGAAAGCUGAAUGGAUAAUUGGAUACUGGAAUUGGUCUUGACUGUUUGGUCACAGCGUCCGAGUAGGAAAUGCCACCGAUAUGAUGGAUACCCGCAGGCCGCAACGAACCGCUUUGGUCAAAAUGGGGAAAAUCACAUUGACCGGGUAAUUAGUAUGGGGCGUGGAAUACUCGAACAGAUUUCCCCUAUCCGAGCCUUGAUUUUCCGUUUUCGUAGUCCGGUCUGCAAACUUCUUGGUCUAACAAGCCAAGAACUUCAGUGGAGAUUCAAGAUCAUCACGUUUAAGUCAACGAUGGGGGGUGAUUCUCGCUACGAGAUCCAUCAAAACGCCUACAUCAAGCUCGUCCUACAUGCAAUCAAGCACAAAACAUCCGCCGUUAACGGCGUUCUCCUUGGCUCCACCUCAGCUUCUGCUGACGUUGUCGAAGUUGUGGAUGCAAUCCCCCUCUUCCACUCCCAACUCUCCAUCCUUCCUCCCCUCGAAAUCUCCCUCUUCAUGAUAGAGGACUACUGUAGUAAUAAUGAUUUGAGCAUUGUUGGUUACUUUCACGCCAAUGAGCGUUUUGAUGAUGUCGAACUUGGAACUGUCCCAAAGAAUAUUGCUGAUCAUAUCCACCAAUAUUUUCCUCAGACUGCUUUGCUUCUGUUAGAUGCCAAGAAGCUUGAAGCUUUACUCAAGGGUAAAGAUAGGAGUCCUGUGAUGCAGCUUUACACAAAAGACGCCUCCAGGACCUGGAAACUUGUAGGAUCUGAUGGGAAAAGUCAAUUUACUCUCAAGGAGCCUGCAGCAAACACAGUUCUUUCGGAUUAUAUUUCGUCGGAGAAAUGGAAAGAAAUAAUAGAUUUUGACGACCACCUCGAUGACAUUAGCAAGGACUGGCUCAACAAGGAUCUCUUUAAAUGAUAUAUAUCUUCUUGGAAAGAGAGCAUUGUAUUUACAUGAGUCUGGUUUAUUUGCAAUCUGUGCCCUUAUUAAGAAAUGAUCCGGUAUGAUCGGCCAACUAUAAACUAUUAAAUUUGGAACUGGACGUGGGCUUUGUUUAGAACGUGGCUGUUUUCUUAAAUUGUGCCGAUGUUUUUUAUCUUGAAACAAAUAGCUACAUGCCUACAUCUGCUUGUUUUGGUAAGUUUUCACAUUAGAUGAAGAAAAAGAAUUGAAUCUAGAGUUGAGGUAUGACAUUUGCAUUUAUCCACCAACAUUACUGCUCCGUACUACACAGCAUUAGGAAUAUCAAGUUCUAACUCCCAAACAUAAAGUUUACGUGUCAAUCUCUCCAAGUGGUUACUGCCUCAAUGGUAUGUAAUGUUUAUACUCGCACUCCAUUUUUCAAUUCGGGUUUUAAUGGAAUUCAGAAUUCAGUGGCAUUCUAGGUGCCCUAAUAUGUGUUCUUAUGAAAUCUGUCAAGGGAUGGUUUCCUCAAUUUGGAUAACAUGCAAAAUCGAGCAUCCCCAAACAUUCAAUGUAUUGUAUAAAUUUCUUAUGAAUGGGGUUUUCUAAGUGAAAGUUGCAUGUAUGUACUAUUGUACUGUGUAGUGUGGACAACACUAUAAGCCCGGGAUUCUGGGAAAAUGCAAAAAGUCAGGCUAUUUAAAAUGUUGCAAAAAUAUUUAAUAAAAUUUAAUGUGAUGUAUUAUCUACUUC